CUGAAUACUCUUGCUAUUUUUAUUAUAUCAAUACUUCUUUUUAUCUUUUUGGUUGCAAUGUAAGUGACUUGCUAAUGGUGCUUAGAGGCUAUUAAUUUAUUCUGAUGCAGUUUUUUUUGUUUACUUAUGGUAUUGAGAUAGAAUAUGAUGUUAUACAGCAGGAAACAUUUGUAAAUCUAUCAAAAUGCUUGUUGGAAACAAAGUUGAUAAUGUAUUUGAUUCAAGAAGCAGUGAAUAACCCUUUAGCUGUUUGACCAAUGUUUGUUUCCAUGUUUUAUAUUGUUCUAGUUAGCAAUUUACUUUCGAAUUCAUCUGAAACUUUCUCAUGGGCCUAUUUGAUGUUAUGGAUUAUUUUAUGCAUGGGAUUUAAUCAUCAGUACUGAUCUUUCACAGGAAAGUGAAAUGGAAUUCCAAAAUGACGGGUUGGAUAGAGAAUAUGGAUGCCUCUUUAUAGAGUGCAGUGCAAAAACUAAAGUGAAUGUAGAAAAAUGCUAUGACGAGCUUGUCUUAAAGAGUUAAUCUAGGGUUGAGAUGGAAAGAUUUCCUUCCUGCUAGAAUUUGAUGCUCUGAACUAUAGUUGUCUAUCUGGAUUACUGCACGACUAUUUGUCGAUAGACUGAAGUAAGGCACAAUGCAACGCAGCCUGAUCGAGGUUGGAGUGUUUUCAGCUUCACCAAGUCUUCCCAUUUUCAUAUGUGAUAGGAAAUUAAUUACAAAUGCACCGCCACAAUUCACCAAUGCUAUUUUUAUGUUAAAAGUCUUUAAUUUACAUAAUAUAAACUAGUAGAAUAUUUUAAGGAAUCAACACCUUAACUAAGGUUAUUAAAUUUUAGGAUUAGAUUAUUAAAUCUUAGAACCAUGUACCGUAGGUAGAAUCAUGCAUAUCAUGCAUAUCAUGCCCAAUUCAUUUUGCAUGAAUAAAAUUUAACAUUUGAA